AUGCACUUGCCCACCUUGAGCGAUGCCGGCCACAAGGAUGCGACGGACAGAGUCCUGCUGCUCGUGUUCUCCAAGGACAAGUCACCGGGAGACCACAGCCUCAUCAGGACAGCGGAGACCUCCAAGCACGUCAUGCGCGAGAGCAGCUCCCAGGGCCCAGGGAUGCGCCGGCACCGCCGCAACAAGAAGGAGAAGCAAAGGAUCAAAGCGAGUGAUGCUGGUGCUGCCGUCCCGGCCGAGGAGGGCAGGUCCCUGUGCAGGAGGGUGGACAUGGUGGUGGACUUCGAGCAGACCGGCUGGGGCAGCUGGAUCGUCUACCCCAAGAAGUACAACGCGUACCGGUGUGAAGGGCGCUGCCCAUCGCCCGUGGACGAGACCUUCAAGCCCACCAACCACGCGUACAUACAGAGUUUGCUGCAGCUCUACAAGCCCAACCAUGUGCCCUGCCCUGUGUGCUCCCCAGUCAAGAUGAGUCCCCUCUCCAUGCUCUACUAUGAGAAGGGGGAAAUCGUCGUCCGCCACCACGAGGACAUGAUCAUCGAGGAGUGUGGCUGCAACUGA